AUGUCGACCUUUGGCACCGUCUUCAGAGUCACCACUUUCGGUGAAUCCCACGGCAAAGCCGUCGGGUGCAUCAUCGACAACCCACCCCCCGGCAUGACCCUCACCGAAUCCGACAUCCAACCCCAACUCAACCGCCGCCGCCCAGGCCAAAGCUCCAUCACCACGCCUCGCGACGAAAAGGACCGCGUAACCAUCCAAUCCGGCACCGAAUUCGGCAAGACCCUCGGCACCCCCAUCAGCCUCGUCGUCAUGAACGAGGACCAGCGCCCCAAGGACUACGGCAACAAGACCAUGGACGUCUACCCGCGCCCUUCCCACGCCGACUUCACCUACCUCGAGAAAUACGGCAUCAAGGCCAGCAGCGGUGGCGGGAGGAGUAGCGCCCGCGAGACUAUUGCGCGUGUGGCGGCCGGCGCUGUCGCUGAGAAGUUUCUGCGCGAGAGCUAUGGCGUUGAGAUUGUUGCCUUUGUUAGCUCCGUUGGCUCCGUUGAGCUGUUCCCCGAGACGGAGGAGUUUCCUUCGCGUUCGCUGAACCCGGCGUUCACGAGCUUCUUGGAGACUAUUACGAGGGAAAAGGUCGACGAGUUCCUGCCCGUGCGGUGUCCCGACGAGGCCGCCACCGAGAAGAUGACCGAACUCAUCACGAAGCUGAAGCAGGGCGACAACAGCACCGGCGGCACCGUCACCUGCGUUAUCCGAAACGUGCCGUCGGGUCUCGGCGAGCCCGCCUUCGACAAGCUUGAGGCCAAGAUCGGUCAUGCCAUGAUGAGCAUCCCCGCCGUCAAGGCCUUCGAAAUCGGCUCCGGCUUCGGCGGUACCAGGAUGCUUGGGUCUCAGCACAACGAUCCCUUCGUCGCCGCUCCCGCAUCCUCGGCUGCCGCUGCUAUCGGCUCCGCUAUCCCGAGACCUAAGCUCGCUACUAAGACGAACCACUCUGGCGGUAUCCAGGGCGGUAUCUCUAACGGUCAGCACAUCUACUUUAGGGUUGGCUUCAAGCCUCCUGCUACUAUUGGUCUUGACCAGACCACGGCCAACUAUGAUGGCUCAGCUGAGGGCGUCCUUGCUGCCAAGGGAAGGCAUGAUCCUUGCGUCGUGCCGAGGGCGGUGCCCAUCGUUGAAGGGAUGGCGGCGUUGGCUGUCAUGGAUGCGUUGGCGAUUCAGCAGUCGAGGCAUGCGUUGAGCUCCUUCGGGAGGUAG